AGUAAAGUGCACCGCCUCAGGUUUCAGCAUCCUUGCGGGCCAGAGUCAACCAGUUGACGAUAAAAGAGGGAGCCUAUUACGGACGGUGACCGGACCUCUUUCGCACGGUCCUUCCAACGCCCAGCUUCCUUCGCUGGAUGCUAGGAGCUUCUCUCUCUCAAAACCAGGCUCUCUCCGUCUCCAUCUCUUUGUCCAAAAAUAUGAGGCCUCUCUCCCAAACUCUCUCCAUUCUUUUCUCUCUUCCUUAGACUUGGAUUUCUUUUUCUUCUUUCUUAUCUGGAUUAGAUUGAAAGAGAGAGGCUCAACUUAUACCACAGAGAAAACACCAUGAAGAGGGAUCAAGACACAUUGAAGAAUGCCCAUAAGAAGUAUAUAAGGGCCCAUGCUCUUUUCAGACUGUUGGCAGGUGUGGCCACAUUGGCUGCAGCUUUGGUUAUGGGGUUCAACAAAGAAACCAGCAUCAUUGCUGGGUACGAAUUCGUAGUUACUUACAACAGAUAUCCUGCCUUUGAAUUCUUUCUGGCGGGGAAUGCGAUUGCUUGUGGGUACUCAAUGGUUUCUCUGCCUUUUGUUUCCAAUCUGGUGGAAGGCUACAUAUUGGGCGUGUUGGAUCUGUUAAGCUUGGUGCUUGCGACGGCCGCAGCCUCGGCGGGUACAGCAAUUGGCCAUCUGGGGAAGGAGGGGAAUGAUGAGGUCGGGUGGCCGCAAGUGUGCUCCUUCUUUGAGAAGUUCUGCCAGAGGGCUGCGAUCUCUUUGGUCUGCUCAUAUGUCGGUAUACUGCUAUUCCUAAUUAUAUGUGCCCUCUCUUCCGUGUACAAGACGAGACAAAGCAACAAAGGAAGAAUUUUAGGCCCACAACCGACCGCUACAACGAAAGAAUAGAAGGUCCUAAACUUCCGACCAAUUGCCUUCCGGAAAUUAUACAUGCCAUUUGACUUCAUUGUAAAUUGGCCAUCUUCUUGUUUUCAAUAUAGGGAGUGGAUUUGUAGUCUAUAAUGGGAAAAUGCUUGCUUAGGAAUAACAAUUUCAUGGCUUUUCAUCCCUAAAUUGUGGUGAGAAAAGAGUUAAAUGAAAUCUAAAUACAAUCAA